CCAUGUCACGUCACGUGACACACAAAGCACCAAUCAAAUGACAAGGACCCACUCAGCUAUUAUGUAAUCUUUGUUAUGCACCUUAAAUAAAUAAUUGAAUUAUGCAGACAUCUGUGUUCCCUUUCGCUACAUGUUUCGUCCUGACCUGGUUGCACCGGAUUGUUGAGGCUGGCAGAAGCGGGGAAAAUUUUCCCUUAUCUCAAAGGUCACUUACUGUUUUCAUUUAGUUCUGCAAAGUUAAUAUUUAGCAACUGUUCUGUUUUUUUUAUGAGUUUUACACAUGCUAAGCUUGCCUAUAGCUUUUGGACAGCAUGUUCCGCUCAGACCAGCUUGACUCGGAGAAGUGAUCCUUGACACCUGCAGGAAAACAAAGGUAUGUGGAGAUAAAGUCCCUUGAUACAGAGAGUAGUGACAAAUGAGAAUAUUCACUGAACGCUGCCAUUUCGGGGACAAUUGUGCAGAACUACUGAAGCGACACUUGCACAGUGCAGUUUGACUAUGCAUGUAGAAUGCAAAGUCACAUGGGACAGGUUAGGAAGUACUUUGUUUAUUUCAUGGGGGAGGGAUUAAAUUUGCAAUAUAUGAUGUUUUUUUUAUUGCACUUUAAUCAAUUCUUUCAAGGUGCAAAAUAGGUAAGUGUUUUGAAAUAUUAACUUUGGUAACAAAGUUCUUGUCAGGCUUCAUGUUGCAACAUUACAUUGUCUUAAUUUUUGCUCAGCAAUGAAUAAAUGGCUGACUUUAUUUUCCCAGAUUUUACGUCUGUGGGGUUCCGACUGGAAUCUGUACAUCUUGAUACCCUUGUCAUGUCUAUUUGUGCAUCCAACACAACAAUCUGGCAUGUUCAGUGAAUAAAUAAACUCCAUAUACACGCAGAUAGCUUAAAAGCGAAUGUGAAUUUGGCUCCAUAAUGGCACCACGAGUCACGUGACUGUGGUUUUGUUGGCUCGUCGUGUCGUGACUGCCUGUAUAAAAGGAGUCUACAUGGAGAUGCCCCGCCCCUCACCCCAGAAGUGUGACUUGGUUGACUGUUAAAAUUUCAUCACUUUGGAUUUCUACAUUUUUUUUUUUUUUUUUUUUUAAACAAAGAUGCUGAAGAGAAAAGGCAGCAGGCAGCUUCGUAGUUUGUACCGUUACUCCGCCUCUCACCCAUCAACCGCUAGGAUAGGCUCCAACCUCUAUGUCUCUUAACUGGAAUUAGCGGGUUGAGGAAAUGAAUGAAUGUUAAAGAGAAGAAGGACUUCUGUCUCAGCUGGAUGUCAUCUUUUCUGGUUCUGAAUUACAUUUUUUUUUUUUUUACUGAACCAGAACCACAAGUAGCAGUCUGCUGCAAUGCCUGAUGGAAGACGACAGCAUAGUGAUGGCGGCUGGGCCUGGGUGAUUGUCGGUUGCUGCUUCAUGGUGAUGGUUUGCACGCGAGCUGUGACCAGGUGCAUCUCCAUCUUCUUUGUCGAGUUCCAGUCUGCCUUUGAAGCCAACUAUGCCACGACUGCCUGGAUCCACAGCCUGGUCAACUGCACCACCAUGCUGUGUGCUCCGGUUGGCAGCCUUGUGGGGAACCGCUGGUCCUGCAGGGUGGCGGUUGUGCUCGGUGGGCUCCUGUCCUCCUGUGGCCUCCUCCUCAGCUCCUUCACCACCACCUUGGAGCUUCUCUACUUCAGCAUGGGAAUCCUGACAGGUGUGGGUUUCGCUCUCUGUUACACACCAGCCAUCGCAAUAGUCGGUUCUUAUUUCAAACAGCGGAAUGCGCUGGCGUACGGCAUCGCCAUGUCAGGCAGAGGUAUUGGCACCUUUGUUUGGAUGCCGGUGGUGCAGCUUCUGAUCGACUGUUACUCGUGGAGAGGAGCUCUGCUCAUCCUCAGUGCAUUUGUUGCCAACAUAUGUGUCUGCGGAGCGCUUCUACGACCCGCCACGCUGCAGCAGAACCAGGAGGCCCCAGAGGGGGCGGGGCAACCAGGUGAGGAGGAAUGUAUAUACACAUCACCACCGCCCCUACUGGCGGAAAACCCCGCACUCUACAUGAAGAAAACAUGGCGUUUCAGGGGGUGUGUCACUUCCUGCCGUGAUGAUUACAGCUUCUUGCUCCUCCCAGACUUCGUGGGACUGGCCGUGUCCAUCCUGUUCCUGGCUGGAGGCUGCAUCCUCCCUUUCGUCUACUUGGUGCCGUACGCCGUGAACGCCACCGUCAGCCACCAGAAUGCCGCCUUCCUCAUGUCUAUCCUUGGAAUCAUCUCGAUUGACAUCAAAAUUACUUUUCCUGCAUCUCUCUCCUGCAGGUGUCUGAAGUCAUAUCGCCUGAUGUGUUACAUCCUCUCGGUGGGGAUGGAGGGUCGGUGCUGCCUCUGCGUACCACUGCUCCGCUCCUUCCCUCUCCUGGUUUCCUUCGCUGUACUCUACGGUUACUGUAACGGCGCCUAUGUGGCGCUGACUCCUGUGGUGACAUCAAAGGUGGUGGGGGAAGACAACCUGUCCGCUGCACUGGGCGUGGUCUACUUCCUGCAUGCCAUUCCCUUCCUGGUCACCCCACCCACUGGAGGUUGGCUGGUUGAUGUGACAGGAAGUUACACUGCUACAUUCUUCCUCAGUGGUGCCACCCUACUGGCCAGUGCACUCAUCCUUUUCACAGUUAUAGCAAUACGCCGCUGCCACAGUGUAAAUUUAAAGCCAGAAAGCCCCUCCCACCCAGCAUAGUUGCCCAAUCAGACUGCCGCAUCACUUUCAACAUGGAGGCGGAGCAUCAGUCAGACUGUUCAUAGCAUCUGGUGGGAAGGACCUGGUUUUACUUCAGGGACUGCUUCAGAAUUGACUAGAUCCAUAUUCAGAGCCACACCUCCUGCCGGAGACAAACUUUUAAACCAUUUCUCAGCUUCAUUUCAGUGACAGACAUUUGAGCUACACCAUAAACUGCAUAGGGCGCCACCUACAGGUCAACUGCCAGAUUACAAAGACAAACACCUGCUCGCUUCAGACCCUAAAAAACUAAAAAUACAUUUAACAUUUGGAUUCCAGGCAUGGUACAUAAAAAUGCAAACUUCUCAGGUUGCUAUGGUUACAAUUCACUCAUAAAUGUUGUCGGGGGGAGGGGGGUACAC